GCGGCGGUAGAAUUUCCUAGAUACCGACAGCCGCGCGUGCCGUGCACCCAUUCAGAUUCAGCACUAUUCUGAAGGAAAGCGCACGGAUUUAGGCGAUUUAUCCGAAGGAACGAGACCGAGAAGGCAGUAUCUAGUAGGAAUACACAGUGAAACAAUACAUUAUACAUAUUUUGUUGAAAUACAAGAGCUGUCAUCAAACAAGCAGAGACCAUGACCACCGCUACGUCCCCCAUCCUGUUGAAAUGGGACCCCAAGAGUCUGGAGAUCCGCACCCUGACCGUGGAGCGGCUGCUGGAGCCCCUGGUCACACAGGUGACCACCCUGGUGAACACCAGCAACAAAGGGCCCAGCAGUAAGAAGAAGGGGCGCUCCAAGAAGGCCCACGUGCUGGCCCUGUCCGUGGAGCAGGCCACGCAGAACUUCCUGGAGAAGGGCGAGCAGAUCGCUAAGAACAGCCACGAUCUCAAGGAGGAGCUCAUCCUCGCCGUGGAGGACGUCCGCAAGCAAGGUGAUUCAAUGCGCGUGGCCUCCCAGGAGUUUGCUGACGACCCCUGCUCCUCAGUGAAGCGCGGCACCAUGGUGAGGGCUGCCCGCGCCCUGCUCUCCGCCGUCACCCGCCUGCUCAUCCUCGCCGACAUGGCCGACGUCAUGAGGCUGCUGGCCCACCUGAAAAUUGUGGAGGAGGCCUUGGAGGCAGUGAAAAAUGCCACCAACGAGCAGGACCUGGCCAACCGCUUCAAGGAGUUUGGCAAGGAGAUGGUGAAGCUCAACUAUGUGGCUGCCCGCAGACAGCAGGAGCUGAAAGACCCCCAAUGCCGGGACGAAAUGGCAGCGGCACGCGGCGCCCUGAAGAAGAACGCCACCAUGCUCUACACCGCCUCGCAGGCCUUCCUGCGCCACCCGGACGUGGCGGCCACGCGCGCCAACCGCGACUACGUCUUCAAGCAGGUGCAGGAGGCCAUCGGGGGCAUCAGCAGCGCCGCCCAGGCCACCUCGCCCGGCGACGAGAAGCACGGCCACGCUGGCAUCGGCGAGCUGGCCGCGGCCCUCAACGAGUUUGACAACAAGAUCAUCCUGGACCCGCUGACGUUCAGCGAGGCGCGUUUCCGCCCCUCCCUGGAGGAGCGCCUGGAGAGCAUCAUCAGCGGCGCCGCCCUCAUGGCCGACUCGUCCUGCACCCGCGACGACCGCCGCGAGCGCAUCGUGGCUGAGUGCAACGCCGUCCGGCAGGCCCUGCAAGACCUGCUGAGCGAGUACAUGAACAAUACUGGCAGGAAAGAGAAAGGAGACCCACUGAACUCUGCCAUCGACAAGAUGACCAAGAAGACCAGGGAUCUGCGCAGACAGUUGAGGAAGGCGGUGAUGGACCACAUCUCCGACUCGUUCCUGGAGACCAACGUGCCGCUGCUGGUGCUCAUCGAGGCGGCCAAGAGUGGCAACGAGAAGGAGGUCAAGGAGUAUGCGCAGGUGUUCCGCGAGCACGCCAACAAGCUGGUCGAGGUGGCUAACCUGGCCUGCUCCAUCUCUAACAACGAGGAGGGUGUGAAGCUGGUUCGCAUGGCCGCCACCCAGAUCGACAGCCUCUGCCCACAGGUGAUCAACGCGGCCCUCACCCUGGCUGCUCGGCCCCAGAGCAAGGUUGCCCAGGACAACAUGGAUGUGUUUAAGGACCAAUGGGAGAAGCAGGUGCGCAUCCUCACUGAGGCCGUCGAUGAUAUCACUUCUGUGGAUGACUUCCUGUCCGUGUCAGAAAACCACAUUCUGGAGGACGUGAACAAGUGCGUGAUCGCCCUGCAGGAGGGUGACGUGGACACCCUGGACCGCACGGCGGGCGCCAUCAGGGGCCGGGCGGCCCGCGUCGUUCACAUCAUCAACGCGGAGAUGGAGAACUACGAGCCAGGCGUUUACACCGAGCGCGUUCUGGAGUCUAUCAAGCUGCUGUCUGAGACCGUCAUGCCCCGUUUUGCUGAACAAGUGGAGGUGGCCAUCGAGGCACUGAGCACAAACCCCCCACAGACCUUCGAGGAGAACGAGUUCAUCGACGCGUCCCGCCUGGUCUACGACGGCGUGCGUGACAUCCGGAAAGCCGUUCUUAUGAUCAGGACACCUGAGGAGCUGGAGGAUGACUCAGACUUUGAGCAGGAGGACUACGACGCCCGCAGCAGGACCAGCGUCCAGACGGAGGACGACCAGCUCAUCGCCGGACAGAGCGCCAGGGCCAUCAUGGCCCAGCUGCCUCAGGAGGAGAAGGCGAAGAUCGCCGAGCAGGUGGAGAGCUUCCGGCAGGAGAAGUGCAAGCUGGACGCCGAAGUGGCCAAGUGGGACGACAAUGGCAACGACAUCAUCGUCCUUGCCAAGCAGAUGUGCAUGAUCAUGAUGGAGAUGACGGACUUCACCAGAGGCAAAGGGCCCCUGAAGAACUCCUCUGAUGUCAUUAACGCCGCCAAGAAGAUUGCAGAGGCAGGCUCCAGGAUGGACAAACUGGCCCGCGCCGUCGCCGACCAGUGCCCUGACUCGGCCUGCAAGCAGGACCUGCUGGCCUACCUGCAGAGAAUCGCCCUGUACUGCCACCAGCUCAACAUCUGUAGCAAGGUCAAGGCCGAGGUCCAGAACCUGGGAGGAGAGCUCAUCGUCUCUGGGCUGGACAGCGCCACCUCCCUCAUCCAGGCGGCCAAGAACUUGAUGAACGCUGUGGUGCUCACAGUCAAAGCCAGCUACGUGGCGUCCACCAAGUACGCCAAGGUGUACGGCGCCGCCGCCGUCAACUCGCCUGUGGUCAGCUGGCGCAUGAAGGCGCCCGAGAAGAAGCCCUUGGUGAAGCGGGAGAAGCCCGAGGAGUGCCAGACCCGCGUUCGACGGGGCUCGCAGAAGAAGCACAUCUCGCCCGUCCAGGCCCUCAGCGAGUUCAAGGCCAUGGACUCCUUCUAAAGAUGUCCGCCGCCACGACGGAUGUCACUGGAACCAAGAAAAACAACACCGACAACGAGAAGUUUAAGAAAACUCCCCUUCUUUCUUUGUGUUAAUUUGUUUCUUUUGGUGAGAUGAGAGUUGUGCUGAUAAUAACACCGCCUCCUUUCUUCCUUUUGAGCGAAGGGUCGAUGAAAAAAAACCUACCCGGAGGACUUUGCUAUCCCGCCACCUGUUCUGAACUACAGCUCCCAUGAACACUUUGGGGCUUCUCGGCCAAUGGGGAGCCAGCGUGCUCCCACCCAUAUUUAUGACUAUUAUUACUACUGUAGCUUAACCGUGUGAGAGCCAAAUGUGUGACACUUAAAACAAGAACUUACUUAAAAAAAAACGGGAGAUAAAAAGUUAAAAAGAAAACAUAGCAGAAGAAGGGCACCUAAAUGACCGUCAAUAUUAUUGCUAUAUCAUUACUAUUGUGGUAUUGACCGGCUGCUCGUACACACAUUAACUGUCUGAAUGGAAACGAUGAAUGGCGCAGUAGUGAAAUCACUGUUACAAGAGGAUUGAUCCAUCACGGCUGAUAAACUUUGGGCGGCAUUUUCGUGGUGCAAAAAGAGCGCAGGUUUGUGCAAAAAUGACUGUAAAACCUCGAAAUAAUCAGGCAGGGAGAUGUAAUUAUUUCUUCGACAAUGUGCAUUAUAAGGAGACGAUUGAACGAGAGGUUAGUUUACUGAGUAAUGCAUGUGCAGACCUGAUGAAACGUUUCAACUGAAAUCACACUGCCUGACUAUGAAGAGGUUUAUAGUAUUACCCCCACAGAUCUGUGCUUUUGAUAAUAUUCCCCUCCUAACUUAAUCUUGUAUGUUGUCCACGGUUUGAACGUUACCUUACCUGUAGAGCUAGGAAUAACUUAUAUUUAAGGUAACUGAAAGUGUUUGGCAUCCAAGUCAUUUGUUUCCUUGUUCCUUCCCGACCCAUAACGGCGUUCCUGAACGAUGCACACACUUUAUGGUCCUAUGGUAUUGCCUUUAAAAAAAAAAUUAAAAUUCUCAUGAUGAUAUCACUAACUAUAUCGCAGCCUGAUUGGAUUAUUGUGUAGAGUCUAAUAGUAGACACGGAGAGGUAUGACUAGUUGUGGUUUGCUCAGAGAACAUAAGGCUGCGUUUAGACAGGCAGCCCGAUUCUGAUAUAUAUUUUUUUACUGAUUUGUCUUUUAAUCAGUUCAGCUAUCAAAAAGAUCUGAUGUGAAAGAUCUGAUGUGAUUAGUCAAAAGUGAAAUUAGUGGAAAGAUUAUCAGAAUUGGUGUGCCUGACUAAAUGAAGCACGAGAGUCCUACAUACAUACAUAUACAGGUAAUUGCCAAAAUAAUGGAAAUGUGAGUAAAUGAAGCAUAAUGACGUAUAUUAAAAGCAGAUGCUUCCACACAGGUGUAGUUAUUGAGUUAAUUAAGCAAUUAACAUCCCAGCAUGCUUAGGCUCAUGUAUAAAAAUGCUGGGCAGGCCAUUAUUUGGGCUACCUACCAUGGCCCCCAUAGAAUGACAAUACCAUCCACACAGCAUGAAUGGCCAUGGAAUGGUUUGAUGAGCAUGAAAACGAUGUAAACCAUAUGCCACGGCCGUCUGUCACCAGAUCUCCACCCAAUUGAACACUUAUGGGAGAUUCUGGAGUGGAGACAGCAUUUUCCACCACCAUCAACAAAACAGGAAAUGAUGGAUUUGGGUUGCAUCCCUCCAAUAUAGUUCCAGACACAGAAUCUAUGCUUAGGCACAUUGAAACUGCUCUGGCUCGUGUUGGCCCACUGCCCUAUUAACACACUUUGUGUUGGCAUUUCCUUUCUACUGGCAGUUACCUGUACAUACAUACAAACAAGUACCUUUAUAUUCACUGUUCUCUAAUAAACCCCUCAACUUGA